GUCUCCAAACAACUCGUAAUCUAAAUCCCAAAAUAUCCAGUCAGAAACGAAAAUAGAAACGGAAGUACAGAACACAGAUACAGCUAACUAAAAUGGCAGUUACAACCUCGUUCCACCUCAAUUUCACAAAACCUCAAAACAACAUCACUACCACAACAACACCACUAUCAUCUUCCUUUCUCUCAUGGAAAAUCUCUCUUCCCUCUUCCUUCACCUUUUCCUCUCCUCCCAGAAAGCCCAAAUCCUUCAUUACAGUGUCCCUCCUGAACUCCAAGCCCACUAUCCUCGUCGCCGAGAAGCUAGGCGAGGCGGGUAUUGAUCUUUUAAAGAGUUUUGCCAACGUUGACUGCUCUUACAACCUCAGCCCCGAAGAGCUAUGCACCAAGAUCUCUCUUUGUGACGCCUUGAUUGUUCGCAGUGGCACAAAGGUCACACGCGAGGUGUUUGAGUUCUCUGGAGGGCGACUCAAGGUAGUGGGUCGUGCGGGUGUUGGAAUCGAUAAUGUUGAUGUCUCGGCUGCUACUGAACAUGGUUGUCUUGUUAUUAAUGCUCCCACGGCUAAUACCAUUGCGGCUGCUGAGCAUGGGAUUGCUUUGCUUACUGCCAUGUCUCGUAAUAUUGCUCAAGCCAGUGCUUCACUCAAAGCCGGGAAGUGGCAGAGAAAUAAAUAUGUUGGGGUGUCACUGGUGGGGAAAACUCUGGCUGUAAUGGGGUUCGGAAAGGUAGGAUCAGAAGUUGCUCGGCGUGCCAAGGGACUUGGAAUGCAUGUGAUUGCACAUGAUCCAUACGCCUUAGCAGACCGUGCCCAGGCAAUUGGUGUAGAGUUGGUGACCUUUGAUGAAGCCUUAUCAAGUGCAGAUUUUAUCUCCAUGCACAUGCCUCUUACUUCUGCGACCUCACAGAUGUUCAAUGAUGAUACUUUCUCUAAGAUGAAAAGGGGAGUUCGAAUUGUCAAUGUUGCUCGUGGUGGUGUAAUUGAUGAGGAGGCUCUUCUCAGAGCCCUGGAUUCUGGUAUUGUUGCUCAGGCAGCACUAGAUGUUUUCAUAGAAGAGCCUCCACCAAAUGACAGUAAGUUGGUCCAGCAUGAAAGUUUAACUUUAACUCCUCAUCUUGGUGCCAGCACUACAGAGGCUCAGGAAGGUGUGGCCAUUGAAAUAGCUGAAGCUGUUGUUGGAGCAUUGAAAGGGGAACUUGCUGCAACUGCUGUGAAUGCUCCCAUGGUUCCUGCUGAGGUUUUAUCAGCCCUUGCACCAUAUGUUGCGCUGACAGAAAAACUUGGAAGGCUAGCCGUGCAACUGGUUGCAGGCGGUAGUGGUGUGAAAUCAGUGAAGGUUACAUAUGCUUCUGCCAGAGUUCCAGAUGAUCUAGACACUCGGUUGCUCCGUGCUACUGUUACCAAGGGUCUAAUUGAGCCUAUUUCAAGUGUUUUUGUGAACUUAGUCAAUGCUGACUUCAUUGCCAAACAAAGAGGACUGAAGAUAACAGAAGAAUUAAUUCUGCUGGAUGGCUCACCUGAGAAUCCACUCGAGUUCAUCCAGGUUCAUAUUGCCAAUGUAGAAUCAAAAUUCGCAAGUGCAAUUGCAGAUUCUGGUGAUAUUAAAAUUGACGGAAGAGUGAAGGACGGGAAACCCCAUUUGACAAAGGUUGGAUCAUUUCCGGUGGAUGUGAGCCUGGAAGGCAGUCUUAUUCUGUGCAGGCAGGUUGAUCAACCAGGUAUAAUUGGAAAGGUGGGGAGAAUCUUGGCUGAGGAGAAUGUAAAUGUGAGCUUCAUGAGUGUUGGAAGGACUGCCCCAGGAAAACAAGCAGUCAUGACUAUUGGUGUGGAUGAAGAGCCCAGCGGGGUAGCUCUAAAGAAAAUUGGGGGUAUUCCAGCCAUUGAAGAGAUUGUUCUCCUGAAAUUGUAAUGUAAGCCAAUAUCACCAUAGUCUUGGGAGUUAAGUCUGAUGCCCAAUUAUGAAGACAGAUGGACAGGUUCUCUUUAAGAUAAAUUGGGUUUUGUACCAUUUUUUAUUUAUUUAUAGUUUAGUCUCAUGCGUGCCUCUGGUGUUGUUGUAAAGCUCAAUGAAUAUAAGAAAUGUUAAUAUAUAAGUAAAGCCUUCAGUUUAGUUAGUUC